CUAGUUCCUUUCGACUCUUAUUAUUUUACUAUAAUUAAGAAUAGUCAUAAUGACAUAUAUCAAAGAAGUAUUGUCAUAUCUGGAGUCCAUAGAUUGGGUAUUAGAGAGAGUAUUCGUCCCCUUGGGAGCCCUUAUAGUGCGGUUCGUCAUUCAACCACCUUUAGAGACCUUCUGGCCGUUCUAUCAGAGGCACAUUCAUCUCCCAGGACGUUUCAAUGGUUGUCUUGGAGGCCUCGAGGCCCAAGACGGUGCCGUCCCUCCAGCUAAAGACUGCACUAUCACCUUUAAAGAGUAUCGUUAUGGACCAGAGAAACGACAGACGAUUGAUGUUAUACGUCCAACCUCUCCUACUGAUGACGAUGUUAUUCCAAUACUUUACAUACACGGUGGUGGGUUUGUGGCUGCCAACUCGGCUGUUAUGCUACAUAGUGUGACGGCAUUUUCGAGAUCUCCAUGCCGGUCCCCAGUAUACUCUAUGGACUAUCCUCUCUCCCCUGAGCAUCCCUACCCAUGCCCAUUGCUAUCAGUCCUGGCCGCCCUACGCUACAUGAAGGACCAAUUAGGUUUCCACUCGAUUUGCCUCUUUGGUGACAGCGCUGGGGCCUCCCUAGCGUUGAUGGCCACCCUUUGGGUCACUGAGGGCUAUGAUCUACCUGAGUUAUCCUGUGGGUGCUCCUACCCUCCCUUCCAUCCCUCUCAGAUGCCUAACAUACUAGGUGUCGCCUCUGCUUACGGCCUUCUCGACUCCCACUCCUGGCAUCAAGAUCAUUGCGGUCGGCUGAAAUUCAUAUCUCCUAACGAACAAGCCAUCGCCGAGUUCGGCGUGGAGGUGUCCAUGAGGAUGUACACUCGGAAUCAUCACAUCCGAAAGGGCCAGCCGAGCCAAUUUUUGGACGUCUUAAAGCAAAUGCCUCCCCGUGCAGCAUGGAGUCUACCACCUAUAUACCUAGUAUGUGGUGGUAAGGAUAUUCUGCUUAAUAGCACUCAAGCUACCUAUGCAUACCUUCGUAAGAGGGGAGCUAAGGCUACAAUGCAGGUCUACCCUCAAUCUCGACAUGCCUUUAUUGGUCUGCCACCGGCCUGGGUUCCAUCUAAUGAUUCCCGUAACGCCACCAGAGUCAUAGCCGACUUCUUCAAUGAGAUAUGCCAUCCCUCGACCCUGUCCGAGCCCAAAAGCCCAUCCUCUACCGUCAGUCGGUCGGCUGCCUCCACUACUGCAGCUGAAUCCUCCUCUUCUUAGCUAUCUUGUGUAUAUUACUAUUACAAGCAGAACCCCUACGACUUUUGCUAGCAGAAGGCUAAGAAUCGGUCGUCGUCGUACUGCUGCCACUCUUGCCACUGCUAUACUAUUAUCAAUAUUGUAUCUCGAUAUAUACUGUCCUGGCAGCAACGUUCGAUGCUGUCCUCCAAUACUGUUUACUGUUAACACUG